AUGUGGAAUCCCUUCAGAACUACGAAUAAGGAGUCGCAUGUUGUGAGUCACAAUAGUAGUAGCAAUCUCAAUGACAACGCAACAACAAUUAAAGACUUUAUUGAGGAAGAGCCCAAUGGUUUAUACAUAAUUGAUGGGCAAAAAGGUGAUUCCAACAGCAUUAUUUGCCGAGUAAAACCAGAAGGAGGCAAGACAUGCCUAAAAUUGAAAUAUGAAGCGGUGGAAUUGUUCAACCAAAUGCGGAAGUUUGAGUAUUACUGUGCGGUGCCCAACGAGGUUGCUGCUAGUCAUUUUGAGUGCCGGAAGAUUAUAUAA